AUGGAGAUGGAGGUGCCCAUCGAGACAAAUUCUCAAACCUUUGAAUUCGACAAGAUCGAGCCGACCGUGUCAAUAGGGGCGUCGCUGGAAAACGCUGACUCCAACAGCAAUCCGUACGGUUCCCGGCCAGCUUGCUUCAACAGUCUGCUGCAAGAAUGCCUGUUUGUGCUGACGACGACGGUCGCCGUGGGCCAGAGCUCCAUCUUCACGGGCGCCAUCAUCUGCAUGACCAACUACAUCGCCGAGGAUCUGGACAUGACGGCGGCUGAAGUGACGUGGAUCAACGCAGCGCAGACGCUGGCCGCGGGAACGUUUUUAUUGUUUUUCGGCCGAGUGGCGGACCUGUUUGGACGUCGGGCGCUGUUCCUGAUCAGCCUGGCCUUUUUCAGUGUUUGUUUGCUCAUUGCCGGGUUUGCAAAGAACGCCAUUUAUCUCGAUGUCUUCUGUGGGCUUCUGGGACUCAGUUCGGCGGCGUCGGUGCCGCCGGCGAUUGGCAAACUCGGGGCCGUGUACGACAAGCCGUCACGCCGCAAGAACAGAGCAUUUGCGUGCUUCAGCGCCGGAAACCCCGUAGGUUUUGUUCUCGGGGCGUUCAUCUCGGGUGUGGUGAUGCAGAUUUCGACGUGGCGGGCGGCGUUCUGGGUCAUGUCGGUCAUCUACGCGUUUUUCACGCUGGCGGCAUGGUGGACGACGCCGCACGACGUCGAACAGAGUCUGGGCGGGUUGAAUAUGGAGACGUUUGUCAAAUUCGACUUGCUGGGCGCUUUGUUGGCUGUGGCGGGAAUUGCCAUGUUCACUGCGUCCAUGACCCUCGCGGGAGAUGCGCCCGACGGCUGGAAGACUCCCUAUGUGAUUGCCUUGCUGGUGGUGGGCGUGGUCUUGAUUGCCGGGUUCAUCUACUGGCAAGGCGUGUUCCGGUACCCUUUGAUGCCGUUGAAGGUGUGGAGGGAUCGCAAUUUCACUCUUGUUGUUGUUGUUUUGUGUCUGGGCUUCUAUGGGUUUGCAGGAAAUCUGUUUUGGCUGACCUUGAUGUGGCAGCGCAUCGAUGGCUUGUCGCCGCUCAUGAAUGCUGUCCAUCUCCUGCCGGCCGGCAUUGGAGGCAUUCUGGUCAACUUUUUGGCGGCUGUCAUCAUGCACCGCGUCAGCAAUAAGGUGAUUAUGAUCGUUGGUGCUGUCAGUGCCGCCAUCGCCUGUGCCCUGUUCAGCGCCAUGUUUACUCACAUCUCCUACUGGGCCCUGGCUUUCCCGGCCCUCUUGUUCAGUGUCCUCUCGCAGGACCUCGAGUUUACCGUCACAAACAUGUAUGUCAUGUCUAGUCUACCGAGGGACCAGCAGUCUGUUGCCGGUGGUCUGUUCAACACCGUCACCAGGCUGGCUGCCACCGUGGGCCUGGGUAUCCAGACCAGUGUCUUCAACAGUGCUGGAGGGGCCGCCCAGGGCAGAGGCGCCGUCAUGUACCGGCCGUACCAAGCCACUUUCUGGGUCUCGUUGGUUGGCUCUGUGGUUGCGCUGUUCCUGGUGCCUUUCAUCACCAUAGGCAGGCAGGGCGGUGGUCACAAAGUGGCCUUGGAUAGGAGGUCACAGAGACAUCAGGAUUAG